UGAAAAAUGAGUUCCAUCAAAUUGGGGAUUUCUUCGAAGAAUGAGUUCCAUCGACGUCUCGGAUUUGGGCUUCCUGGUUCUCCGUCAUCGCGCCUCACUUUCAAAUUUGCAGCGAUUGUACGUUCUGGGCAUCGGAUUCGUGGAGCCGAUGAAGGUUUGUCCGAACCAGUUGCUGGCGAACAUGCUUCAGUGAGUUAAAUUGUAGUGCAAGAUGAAGUACGUGAAGCCGUUGAACAUGUUCCGUGAUUUAUUGACGAGAAAUCCCCUCGAACGUGGGCGUUUCCUCGGUUUAGAUGUUGGUGAUAAGUAUGUUGGUUUGGCAGUCUCCGACCCAGAUAAUUUAAUUGCCUCACCUCUUAGUGUUUUGCUCAGGAAGAAAACAAAGAUGCAUUUGAUGGCUCGGGAUUUGCAGAGAUUAAUUUCUGAACUUUCUCUGGCGGGGUUCAUUGUUGGGUACCCUUUUGAUAGACAACGACGCAACGCGGAUGCUGUGCAAGUGAAGAUCUUCAUUGAUGACCUUUGUAAAACUGGAACACUUGAAGGCGUCAAAUAUACGUUUUGGGACGAGUGCUUUACAUCAAAGAACGUGGAACUACUGAUAAAGCCAUUGGAACUGCCACCCGUUUUGUCGAAGACAAUAGUUGACAAGUUUGCUGCUGUUGGAAUACUUCAGGGUUACCUAGAUUAUCAUAACAGAAGACCAGAAUUGUAAGAAGGAUAAGAGUAAGAAGUCGACUAUUUAAUCAGGUACUGGUUUGUCAAUGUUGCUGCUUUCUUUUGCACUGAAACUGACUCUGCAAAACCAUUGAAAAUUCGAAGUUCUACUGAAAUUUCUACAGAACCCAUUCCCGACUAUUGAAGCUUCAAGCUUUCUUUGUCAAUGUUGAAGCUUCAAGUUUAUCCCAUUCCCGACUAUUGUUUUACAAAAACACUCUGUGCACUUCCCGCAGAGGGAAUGGUGGAACAGUUUAUUUUGAAGCUGCGUAUCAAAAAAGGGGCGAUGGAUAUACUUUGAUAUUAUCAUCUUUUUUAUCUUAAACGAGUUAAUUAUGUGCUCACACGACCCACUAAUAAGUUAAUGGGGCCUCAUUUUUUGGAGUUUUCCUUGUGGGAAUGGAAAUCUAAUUUCUUGUUUCCAUCAUUUUUUAUUUCUAAAUUAUUAGGGAUAAUAACAAAUUGUUCAAUGUAAUUUGUCCCUUUUACAAA